UCGCGUCAGGUUCGCGGCCGUUAAGCGGAUAAUUUGUUUAGGGAAUGUCAUCGGCACAUCCCGGUUCUAGUUCGGGCGCCGCCGCGCAGGCGCUCAAUGGCCAGCAUCCGGAGCUGACCUACGCGGAUGCCGACUCGGAGGAUGAACUGCCAGGAGCCCAGCAGGAACAGCAGCUACCCGAGCAGCGUCAGCUGCUGGACAGAAAGCUCUCUCUCAGCGAGCGAAGGAAUGUGGAGUUGCCGCACCUGCGGAUGAUCAAUGAACGAACGCCGGAGGAAAGGAGUUCACCUGUGGACAAAGGUACACCGUCACCUUCGGAGGCCUUUGCCCCGGGACUGCGACGCAAUUCCAUAUCAAUGCCAUCGGGCAUUAAUGCCCUGGAUUUGGAGGCACUGCGUCUCAGGCAUCAGAUGCAGCCACAGGAUGCCCUGCACGAGGAGAUUAUAGUCGAUGAUGGGGCCUCCAGCCUGGGCACACCGACGCCAACGGCCACAACCACGGCGCUGAAUACGCCGGAUAAGGCCAGCAGUUCCAUCAAUUUCGCCAAUGCCAAUGCAAGUGCCAACGAUGACAGCGACGAUGAGUUUGGGAAUGCCAGGCGACCAGUUCAUCGCGAUCGCUUUCGAAGUCGAAGACGCGCCUCAAUUGCCCCUCUGCCUGCUCUGCGGCUCAACAGCAAGGAGAUGUUGGCCAGCGACUUUGAUAGCCACAGUCUGGCCUCCAAUCAGGCAUCCAUAACCAGUGUCAACUCCUUGGCCAGCUUACUGAGGGAGAAGAUGCAGGCCUUUCCCCAGCUGAUAAGAAAAAAGAAGCGCGAGACCAAGGACUAUAAGAUCAAGAUCUUUGUUAUCAUUAUGUUUUUCAUUAUCAUUUUUCUGAUUGGCUACGCCUAUGUGGCCUACCACCAGCAGGUGCUCACUCGUAGUUACUUCCAGAAGAUCAAAUUCAAUUCACACGAUCGCAUCUUCCGGAUACUGAGCCACGAGGAUAAGGAGGUGAUAUCCGGGCAACUGGGCGUCACUUUGGGCUUCGAUACGGCACCAUUUCAUUGCCUGGAGGAGCAGCGUCGCUCCGAUGGCAGCGUGUGCAUCGAAUGGAAUGGCAUUGCCCGGCUGCAUUUGAAUUUCGAGGACAAGGGCGUCUUCCGGUGCUACACACUCCAGUGGCAGGCCCUUACCCCGGGUCUCCUGCCCACCGAUUGCUAUGAACUCAAGCGGGACAAUGGCCUGUGGUUCGGCGGGGGAGUGACCAAGGGGCAGGAGUGGUCCCUCAGCUAUGCCAAUUUUGAUUUUGCACCGUAUGCCUCCGGGGACAGCAAGGUGCAUCAGUUUGGGAAUGGAGUGAAGCGGUAUUUUAUCAACUCCAUUGGAGUGGCCAUGCAGGUAAACGAACGGACGCCUCUCCAGCUGGGCGUUAACCGCACCGAAAAUCGCUUCUGCCUGCGAGCGGCCAACGAUGAGUUCACCUUCGUGAACCGCCUCACCCCCCUGCCGCAGCUAGACUACCGCAUCUGUACGACGGAGGACAUGCGCAGCCUGCACAUGCUGAUGACCCAGCAAAGCCUGUGGGACGGCCUCAAGGAGCAGGAGUUCAAAGUUCUCCAUUCGCUGCUCGAGGAGCCAGUGUGGCGGAUACCGCACGCCGAGACCCCCGAAUCCCUGAAUGAAUCAGCCAUUUGUGAUUACUCGGAGAGUGCCAUUGCCAUGGGUCUUGGCCACAUCCUGAUCAACGAAUUCUGGCAGGAGAAUAUUGGUGAUUUUACGGUGGACAAGACCCGGUUUCCCACCAUGAAGGACACCAUCGAUGUGCUGCAUCGACGCGGUUUCAAGGUGGUGCUCACCAUUCAGCCGUUCAUCAGCACGGAUAGUGCCAACUUUAAGGAUGCAGUGCGUCGCAAGCUGCUGAUUUACGAGCGGCAUUCGGAGCGCAGCAUACCAGCAUUGACGCGCUACAAGAGCAGCUCCAGUGCCGGUGUCCUGGACAUAACCAAUAAUGCCUCAGUGCCGUGGCUCCUCGAGAAGCUGCAGCGCCUGCGAGAUGAGUACGGAGUGCAGAGUUUCUACUUGGAUCUGGGCACUGGCUACAAUCUGCCGCAUUACUAUCAGUGCCGUCAGACUUUGGAUAACCCGGAUACCUAUGCCCGGCUCUUCACCGAGAGUUUGGAGGGUGCCGGCCUAAUGGCCGUGUCCACGGCAAGUGUGGUUCCCAAGCCACCAACUUUCUUGAGCACACCGCCGGCGAAUGCCACCUGGGAGGGAUUGAGGGAGACCCUGGCUGCGGUGCUAAAUUAUGGAGUCAUUGGAUAUCCUUUCGUGCUGCCUGGUGUCAUUGGCGGUGAUUAUUUGCUGCAGCGGCCGCUCUCCAAAAUGGUUUCGUUCUAUUCGCUGGGUCAACCGCCGCUGCCGGAUCCGGAGCUCUUCAUCCGCUGGCUCCAGCUGGCCACCUUUAUGCCGGCCAUGCAGUUUAGCCAUUUGCCAUCGGAGUAUCGCAAUGAUUUGGUCACCCGAGUGGCCCAGGAGCUGAAGGAUGUGCGCCAAACGGUGGUGAUAGCCCUGCUCAAGAAGUAUCUCAAUCCGUCGAUGAACGAGGGCCUGCCGCUGGUCCGUCCCCUGUGGAUGAUGGACCCCCACGAUCCUGCCUGCCUUAUUGUCAGCGAUGAGUUCUCCGUGGGCGAGGAGCUCAUAGUGGCUCCCAUCCUGCAUGCUGGUCGCGAAGAGAGAGAGGUUUACCUGCCGCAGGGCGUGUGGAAGGAUGGCAUCGAUGGCUCCCUGCGCAAAGGCAGCCGCUGGAUGCACGGCUACCGCGUGCCCAAGGAUAAGAUUGCCUAUUUCCGUAAAAUGCCGGAUAAUACCCGCUUCUAGGAGGCACUGCAUCCACCAUUCUCCCAUGUGAUAUGAACGGGCGAGAGAGAGAGAGACCAUCAUUCCUCAUUUAAUCCAUCUAUAUUAUGUAAUUUCUAAGACAUUAGCCUUUUUUUUCUUUUUUUUUUUUUUUGUUAGAUUAGUUAAUUUGCUCAAUAAAAAAUAUGUAGAACUUCUGUACGAUCAAC